UGGCUGACGGGAGGCGCCCAGGGAAUAAAGCCUGGGACCGAAGGCCCAGACCCGUAGUCCCUGGGACAAAUCGGGAGACCCUCUACCUGCCCCGCUACCCUCCAUCUGUCCGAGGCCCAUCUACCCAGUCCAUCCAUCUAGAUCACCUCCUGGCCGUCCCUUCCCGGCUUGCUCGCUCUGUCCAGCCGCCUUGGCCAGCAAUGACCUCUGGAGAGCCCCUGCACGUGCAGACCCCCGUCCGUGACAGCAUGUCCCUGUCCAAAGUGGCGGGCACCAGCGUCUAUCUCAAGAUGGACAGCGUCCAACCUUCAGGCUCCUUCAAGAUCCGGGGCAUUGGACACCUCUGCAGGAUGUGGGCUGAGCAAGGCUGUGAACAUUUCGUCUGCUCCUCGGCGGGCAACGCAGGCAUGGCAGCCGCCUAUGCCGCCAGGAAGCUGGGCAUCCCUGCCACCAUCGUCGUGCCCAGCACCACACCUGCCCUCACCAUCGAGCGGCUCAAGAAUGAGGGCGCCGUGGUCAAGGUGGUGGGUGAGAUGUUGGAUGAGGCCUUUGAGCUGGCCAAGGCCCUGGCAAAGAACAACCCAGGCUGGGUCUAUAUUCCUCCCUUUGACGACCCCCUCAUCUGGGAAGGCCACACUUCCAUCGUGAAAGAACUGAAGGAGACACUGAGUGCCAAGCCGGGGGCCAUCGCGCUGUCGGUGGGUGGCGGGGGCCUGCUGUGCGGAGUGGUCCAGGGGCUGCAGGCGGUGGGCUGGGGGGACGUGCCCGUCAUCGCCAUGGAGACCGCCGGAGCCCACAGCUUCCACGCCGCCACCACUGCGGGCAAGCUCGUCUCCCUGCCCCAGGUUACCAGCGUGGCCAAGGCCCUGUGCGUGAAGACCGUGGGGGCUCAGGCCCUGAAGCUGUUUCAGGAACACCCCAUUUUCUCUGAGGUGAUCUCGGACCAGGAGGCUGUGGCCGCCAUUGAGAAGUUUGUGGAUGACGAGAAGAUCCUGGUGGAGCCCGCCUGCGGGGCGGCCCUGGCCGCCGUGUACAGCCGCGUGGUUCAGAAGCUUCAAGCGGAGGGGAAGCUCCGUGCCCCGCUGUCCUCCCUCGUGGUCAUCGUCUGUGGCGGCAGCAACAUCAGUCUGGGCCAGCUGCGCGCCCUCAAGGAACAGCUGGGCAUGAAGAACGGGCUGCCCGAGUGAGGGCCUUUCUCCGCGGCCGCCUCCCCUACCCGGGGCGGGGGUGGGGGGUAGGUAUCCCCGGGGGAGCUGGAGUUUUAUCCAGCGUCUCACCGUAAAUAUUAUUCUUGCGUCUGCCGGCGAGCCUGCGGCCCCGACCGGCGGUUCCUUCCGUUCCUUCUGGGCCGAGGGGCCGAAGCCCCAAGGUGGGGGGCGGGUCGGCCGCCAGGGAGUCGCGUCUCUGCGCGACUAUCCUGGCCACCCCUGCUAGGCGACGGCUGCCCGCGUGUCCCCUACCAGGUCCCCAGGGCGGGAUGGGCCCCCUCCCUGGAAGGGGCCAUGGUGGGGGCCAGGGGCCAGAACUGAGAACCAGCUGCCCUCCCCGCCCCCCCCAAGCCCCGCCCAGCCCCGCCCUCAGGCGUUUUUCUAAUUGCAGACUUUUUCGUUGAAAAAGAAAACAAUAUAUUUAUGGACUGAA